CUCAAGCAUAUCACUCACGCUCAAUGAACUCUCACGACAUCUCUCUCUUUCCGCCCCAGCGCGUUCCAACUGAAAUCUGGACCGAGAUAUUCGACUUAUGCGCACCCAUCGAGGACCUUUCAGACGAAACCACAGCUGAGCAGGAGAAGGAGCGGCUCUCAAAGAACUAUUUGAUACAAUUUUCCCAGCUGCAUGGAACGCGUGCUCCAUGCUCUCACAUCCCCGGUCUCCGUUCUCUUGCUGUCAAAGGCCGUUUCGAAGACCCUGCGUAUGCGAUAUGGUGGGAUCGUGAUGCGCUCCUGCCUUUCAUUUUCAGGUCGAAGCUCGGAUCCAGCCUGCGUUUCCUGGAGGUUUCCCGAGUCCUGAUCACAGCUGAUGAGCUGCUCGAAUGUCUCCAAAAUUUGCCUCUUUUGGAGGAUCUGUUGCUCUCGGAGGGAAAUGACGACCUGGACGACUUUUUCAUCACGGAUGAUCUUCUGGUCGGGUUGGUGGUGGUAGACCUCGUGCCGCGCUUGACUUUUCUCUGUCUGACAUCCCACAUCGUCUUUUCCGAACAAAGCUUGGAGCAGCUCGUUCUCGGCCGGGUACGGAGACCUGUACAGGCCGAAACCACAGGCGACUUUGAUCUGAAGGUAUUUCACCUGCCAGAAAGUCUGGGGGCUUUGUCGACUGAGUUGCUGGAGCGGAUGCAGAACCUGGAGAGGGAGACCGAAUUUGAAUUCCAAUUC